AUGUCGGGGAAGGGAGGCUCCCUCACGGCCGUUGGGGCGGACGGCUACUACCUCCCCCCCGAAUACGACCCCAGGAAGCAUGGGAGCAUCGACAAGUACCAGAACAGCCGGGGGUCCCUGGGCGACCGCACGCGCAAGGCGCACCUGGGGAUCCUCAUCAUCCGCUUCGAGAUGCCGUUCAACGUGUGGUGCCUGGGCUGCGGGCACCACAUAGGCAAGGGCGUGCGGUUCAACGCGGAGAAGAAGCAGGUCGGCAUGUACCACAGCACCAAGGUGUGGAGUUUCACUUUCCGGACGCCGUGCUGCCAGAGCCGCGUCGAGAUCCGCACGGACCCGGCGAACUGCGACUACGCCAUCAUGCGCGGCCUGCGCCGGAAGCAGGAGACGUACAGCUCGAAGGACGCCGAGGUCAUGGAGCUCGAGCAGGAGGAGCAUCGCGACCGCGUCCGAUCCGACGCGUUCUACCGUCUGGAGCACCAGGAGACGGCGCGCGAGAUGAGGAAGGAGUCCGACCGACACGUGGCGCAGCUCCAGAAGGAGUCGAAGCGGCUGCACGAGGACGAGGCGGCGCUGAACGGCGCGCUGCGGCAGCGCAUGCGCGAGGCGCGGCACGACGAGCUGGCGCGCCGGCAGCGGGCGGGGGACCUCAACAUGGCGGUCAGACUGCUGCCCGAACACCCCGAGGACCGCGAGGAGGCGCGGCUGCGCAGCGAGAUCGGCAUCGGGCCGGGGACCGGCCCGGGCGCGGCCGACGAGGCCCGGCGCGCGGCGCGGCGGAAGAUCGCGGCGGCGUCGAUAUUCAGCGGGGGGCGGGGGGCGCGGCACAAGGCGCUGGGUGCGACGCGCGCGGGGGCGGCCAAGGGGGGCGGGAAGGAGGUGCUGCGGGCGCAGUUCAAGACCCGGGCGGACGGGUACGACGCCGUGCUGGGCGAGCUGGGGUUGAGGGCGCGGAGAGGAGGGGGGGGGACUGAAACAGCGCGGGAGGGGGGCAAGGGGAAGGCGGGCGCGAAGGCGGCGUCGAAGCAGGCGCUGAGCACGCGGGCGGCGCGGCUGGCGGUGGCGCGGCUGCCGCUGGGAACCAAGCUCGUGCGUUCAGACCCGAAAUUCUAA